UCUCCUGAAUUUAGAAACACGGGACCUUGGAGGAAGUUCAAGCAUUUGUUGGGGGCAGUUUUACUUAAGGCUGAGCUGAGACCUGGGUCUGGACCGCUUUUUUUCUCUCCUUGGAGAGACAAACAGCCGGGACACUUUUAAGAUCGAGAACGAGAGAACGACUACCACCUCUUCCGGAACCUCGCCCAUUCCUUCGACUGACGCCACGCCAUAAACCAUUUUCCAUUGAGAGAUACUUGUGAUCAAGCAGUCAUCACGCCGCCUCUCUCCUACACAGUUCCCAGCACCCAGACUCUCAACUCCUCGACAAAAUAACCAUCACAAUGGCGUGCGGCUCCGCUUCCUCCGGCCUCGUCAACCGCAACGGCCCCGGCAGCGCCGCCACCUCCAUCAUCGACAGCAUCGUCAAGCCCGCCGAGGCCACGGGUGGCAAGACAAAGUGCAUCGAGUGCGACGGCUAUGAGUGCUGCUGCAUCCCCAUCCCUUGCACCGUCAUGUAACGCGGAGUGACUCGUUGGAUGAGGAUGGCGAGACAGCCGUCUGAAUAAUGUUCUGGAAAAAGAGGAGGGAUGGGAUGCGUGUUAUCGGCGAUGGAAUGGCAGUGGAUUUGAUACCGUGUGCUGCGAACACUUUUUGUCUUUUUUUUUUCCCCUCCUGUUUUAUUUCACGUUGGCAUUAGCCAGCUAAGCAUGAAUCUAUGAUUU